CCUGCUCCAGCUGUGUGGAAAGACAACUCCGAGGGAAUCGGAUCUUCUCAGGCCAAAGGGCCACUCUGUCCGCGGCGGCAAGAGAAAAGCCACAUCCGAGUCCUAAAGCGUUCCCGGGGAGACGGCGAGACCUAGCGACAGCUCCGGCUGAGAGCCGAGCCUCCAAGUCAGGCUCCGACAAGCAGCAACGCGCCCCUCGGUGGGCAGAGACGCGCCCCAGGCACUCCACGGGCGCGUCACUUCCGCCCUCGGCCUAGCACACGGGAGCCGCAAAGCCGCGGGGAGGGGGGCGCGCCUUAUUUGCGUCACUUCCUGUGAGCCCAGCGGCGACCACGGCAACAUGGCCUUGAACGGCGCGGAGGCCGAGGAUUUCGCCUGGGAGCCUCCGACCGAAGCUGAGACGAAGGUGCUGCAGGCGCGACGGGAGCGGCAGGAUCGCAUCUCCCGGCUCAUGGGCGACUACCUGCUCCGUGGUUACCGCAUGCUGGGCGACACGUGCGCGGACUGCGGGACGAUCCUCCUCCAGGAUAAACAGCGGAAAAUCUACUGCGUGGCUUGUCAGGAGCUCGACUCAGACGUGGAUAAAGACAACCCGGCCCUGAACGCACAGGCGGCCCUCUCUCAAGCUCGGGAACACCAGCUGGCCACGGCUGCAGAGGCUGCCACGGCCUCUCGGCCCACAUCCCAGCCCCCAGUCCCCCGCCCAGAGCACUGUGAGGGGGCUGCAGCGGGCCUCAAGGCAUCCCAGGGGCCUCCCCUUCCUGCUGCAGCUCCGAAUGCAGAUGUGGUGGCGUCCACACAGUCAGCCCUCCUGCAGAAGCUAACCUGGGCUUCCGUUGAGCUGGGCGCUAGCAGCUCCUUGGAGACUAGUAUCCAGCUGUGUGGGCUCAUCCGGGCUUGUGCGGAUGCGCUGGGCAGCCUGAAGCAGCUGGAGCACUGAGACCUAUCCCCCCUCCCCCCACCCCCUUCCCCCGAGAAGAACCCUCUAGAAAAACAGCCGA